AUGAGGAUGCUGUCUGUCCCGACUGUGUUUCCGGUGCCUGCCAACAGAGCCCCGCCGGUCAUUUCUACCGUUUUGUACUCAAAUUUCUCAACACGGGCAGCUACUCAAAGCUCUACGGCACAGAAGAUGGCAGCUACCAAACAACGCUCCCCAAAGCGCGUCAAAGAUUCGUCACCUCUCAAUCCCACUCCAAAUCCUUCAUCUCCAGUUCCUCAGAAAAAGAUUCUGGUGCCAAUUGGGUUCGGGACCGAAGAAAUGGAGGCAGUGAUAAUGAUUGAUGUUUUAAGAAGAGCAGGUGCAAAUGUGACAGUUGCUUCAGUUGAGGGGAAAUUGGAGGUUGAGGCAUCCAGUGGCACGAGGCUGGUGGCCGAUGAAACUAUCUCUUCUUGUUGUGAUCAAACUUUUGAUCUCAUUGCCCUUCCGGGAGGGAUGCCGGGCUCUACACGUUUGAGGGACUGCCAAAUUUUGCAAGACAUCACGAAAAAACAUGCGGAGGCUCAGAGGCCUUAUGCAGCCAUUUGUGCUGCCCCUGCUGUUACACUUUUGCCUUGGGGACUACUUAGGAGGAAAAAGGUGACUUGUCACCCUGCAUUUAUGGAUAAGCUUCCGACCUUUUGGGCAGUCAAAUCAAAUUUACAAGUGUCAGGCGAGCUAACAACUAGCCGAGGACCCGGAACUUGUUUUCAGUUUUCUGUAUCAUUGGUGGAACAACUCUUGGGUGAGUCAGUGGCUAAAGAAGUAUGUGUCUCAAUGCUACUAAAUCUUGCUGAUGAUAAUUCUAGAAAAGAAGAAUUUGAUGAGGUCUCGUGGUCCCUCGAUCACGCUCCUCAGGUUCUCAUUCCAGUUGCCACUGGGUCCGAAGAAAUUGAAGUGGUGACUGUUGUGGAUAUUCUAAGACGAGCAAAAGCAAAUGUCACAAUUGCCUCAGUUGAAAAAUCAUUGCAGGUUUUGGCGACAAGUGGCACUAAAAUUAUUGCAGACACAAUGAUCAGCGAUGCUGCUAAUUUGGUUUAUGAUCUAAUCAUCCUGCCGGGAGGAAAAUUAGGUUCUGAGAAGCUACACAAGUCUCGUAUUCUAAAGAAGUUACUGAAAGAACAACAAUUGGGUGGGAGGAUCCUGGGUGCAAUGUGUUCUUCACCCACAAUCCUCCACAGACAAGGUUUGCUAAAGGAUAAACGAGCCACAGCUCAUCCUUCGGUCAUUAGCAUGCUUAACAACACUGUAAAUGAUGCCCGAGUAGUUAUUGACGGGAAAGUGGUCACGUGCAAGGGACUUUCUACUGCAACAGAUUUUGCACUCGCUAUAGUAAGUAAGCUUUUUGGGCAAGCAAGGGCGAGGAGUGUGGCUGAGGGUCUUGUUUUUGAGUACUCAAAACCAUAA